AUGAAGUCCACUCAGGCACUUGGCUGGGUCAAGCUCUUCUGGAACGCCCCCUUAUCUUCCCUUUCCUUCAUGAACACGCGAAGCACAAUAAUUCACUUUCACUCCACUCGAGACAAACAACCUCGGGGCCCUGGAACUGAGGGUCAGGAAAAAGUCAACUUCGAUGAGCUCGAGAACAAAUCGACCAAGCCAAACGCACAGCAUCCCACCCCCAAGAACGAGCAUCGUGGCCAGUCCAAACCGCAUGAGAAUGAAUCUACCCAGGCACCUCCUACUCACGGAACUUCCAAGAAUCACUGA